CAAACCGGCAAAUUCCGGAAUACACCGUUAUGCAUUUGAUUGGCUUGACACGGACAAAGUCGGCAUAAAUCGGAAUUCACCGGGUGUAAACAAACAAAGGGCGGCUAUUUUCAUUUAGUUAUUCGAUAGGCAGAAGUAUAGGAUAGCAGUGACUGAACAUUUAGAAAAGAUGAGGUCACCAAGAAAGAAUUUGAAAGCAAGAUCAGCUGUAACAUCCAGGAAGUGUUCACCAGCUUCUCCAGUUUGGACAUCGGCCAAAGACGUGUUUAAGUCACCAAAAUCACCAUCACCUGUUCGAAGAGUUACUAGAAGGACCUCUGUAUAUCAGAGUAAAGUGUCAACCAAAGAUAGCUUCAAGAUGCCACUCCCAAAAAUUAUUUCACCUCCUGGAGUGAAAACACGUGCCAGACGUUCGUCAAUCUAUCAGAAGGGUGGUGGAAGGCUAAUUUCUCCCAAGAACACUCGUGCUCGCAGGGCCUCCAUGUAUAUUUCAUCAAAAUCUAAACCAGAACCUGUCAAUGUCUUCUCAAAAGUAUGGGCUACCCCAGUCAGACAACCAGACCCGGUUGUUGAAAAAACACCAGAAAAGCCUGAAAAGGUAAAAGGAGCAGAAAGCAGAUCUGCAUCUCCAAAGAAAAUUGGCAGGACACCAAGAGCUACAAACAAAUCAAUCAGCAAGGCAUCACCAAGCAAAACUGUAACUCCAAGGAGAUCAGUCACCCCAAAGAAGACAGUCAAGACACCAAAAUCAGUCAACAGGUCUAAGUUAUCUGAAAGUAAAGCACAAGCUUCAAAACAGUCUCCUUCUCCGAAGAAAACUAGAAGGACACCAAAGGCUGUUACAAAUGCUAUUGAAAUACCAGAAAGUAGAAACAAGUCACCAGAAAAAUUGGACAAGAAAAAGAGCAAAACGCCCAUGCCAUCUACUAAACAAUCUCCCACCAGGGCAAGCCCUAAACAACUGAGGAAAGGAGGGUUGUCAACACCUGGUCCAAAAUCUGCAAAGAAAUCUCCAAAAGCAAGAACAGGAAAGAAAUCGUCACCAGUCCAGAAGGAGACGGCCCUGACGAAGCCAGGACUUGUUACAUCAACACCAACAAAGUCAGUUGAGCAAAUAACAGGCAAGUCAUUUUACGCAACCCCAGGUGAGACACCAAUCCCAUCUCGGAGAACAGACGAGAUAUUUGUGUUUUCUGCAAUGCCUGUUAAAUCUGGAAAGAAAUCCUUGAAGAAGUCAGUACAUAUAACUCCAUCAGAAACACCACAAAAGAAGACACCUAAAACACCCAAACGAAUGCCAACACGUAAGACCCCAGCUGUUAAGCGAAACUGGCUUAAUGUCUCGGCAGAUUCAGAUGUCAGUUCUAUGAAAAGUCCUCCUGCAAAGAGAGUGAAAGCUACUCCGACAACAAGAACAGUAAAAUCUGUAAAAAGAGCAGCAAAGAAAGUCACAACAGUAGAUGAUCAGCCAAUCAAGGAGAGGUCUAAACUAUCCCCAGUUGAAAUGUCGUCGGUUUUGAGAUCAGUAACGGAAACAGAAAAGAGGAAAGCAUCCAAGUCACCUUCUCCUCGACAGACCAAGAGAGUCAAAGUUGAAGCCACAGACCUGCAAACUCCAAGAGUAAUCAAAACAGUGAAAAGAAGUUCACCCAAAAAUUUAGCUGAAAUUGUAAGCGUGAGUCAAAAUACAAAUAACAAUGGUGAAAAUGGUGAGAAAUCAGGGAACAUGUCUUUGCUUAAUGACACGAUUAACACAGACAGUAGGAGUGGCAGAUGUAUUAUCUUAUAACAUGGACAGUGUUAUAAUUCUGUUAAUAUAAUAGUUAACAGUUUUCUGUAAAGAAAUAUGUAAACUUAUAAUAUUUGGCAUUAUUGUUAUUUAUAUAAUUUGGUAAAUGUACAUAUUGUUAAGGAUGGGAUAUGUACAUAUCAUUAUGUAAAUAUGUAGCAGUUUGUGUAAGAUUAUUUUGUAGUGUUUAUACCUGAUUAUUUCUUCUACAAUGGUAUGAAAGUUACAUCUAAAAUGUUCAACAGACUACCAGAGAAACUUCUUGGUUAGAGGGCUUAAAAAAUUGUAUUGUUACAGUAAAAAUGUUUAAGAAUCAUACCUGUAUCUUUCAACAUCAAAAUGCCCAAUACCAGCAUUAAUUAUAAGUAGACAUAAAUAUAAUAACAAGAAAGUAACAGGUAAGAAUAUAUUAUGUUGUAAUACAAGGCAGCUAAUAUUUGUUGUAAUAAUUCCUAUAUUACGGUAUAACUUAGUGAUGCAGAUGCUCAAGUUGUUAACUAUGUAUAUUCAUUUUUUAGCUCAUCUGAUUUUUUGAAAAAAAAAGAUGAGUUAUUGUCAUCACUUGAGCGGUUGUCGGCGUCGGCGUCGGCGUCGGCGUUGCCUGGUUAAGUUUUAUGUUUAGGUCAGCUUUUCUCCUAAACUAUCAAAGCUAUUGCUUUGAAACUUGGAAUACUUGUUCACCAUCAUAAGCUGACCCUGUAUAGCAAGAAACAUAACUCCAUCUUGCUUUUUGCAAGAUUUAUGGCCCUUUUUGUACUUAGAAAAUAUCAGAUUUCUUGGUUAAGUUUUAUGUUUAGGUCAACUUUUCUCCUAAACUAUCAAAGCUAUUGCUUUGAAACUUGGAAUACUUGUUCACCAUCAUAAGCAGACCCUGUACAUCAAGAAACAUAACUCUAUCUUGCUUUUUGCAAGAUUUAUUGCCCCUUUUGGACUUAGAAAAUCAGUUUUCUUGGUUAAGUUUUAUGUUUAGGUCAGCUUUUAUCCUAAACUAUCAAAGCUAUUGCUUUAAAACUUGCAACACUUGUUCACCAUCAUAAGUUGACCCUGUAUAGCAAGAAACAUAACUCCGUCCUGCUUUUUGCAAGAUUUAUGGCCCCUUUUGGACUUAGAAAAUAUCAGAUUUCUUGGUUAAGUUUUAUGUUUAGGUCAACUUUUUCUCUUAAACUAUCAAAGCUAUUGCUUUGAAACUUGCAACACUUGUUCACCAUCAUAAGCUGACCCUGUACAGCAAGCAACAUAACUCCAUCCUGCUUUUUGCAAUAAUUAUUGCCCCUUUUGGACUUAGAAAAUCAUUUUCUUGGUUGAGUAUUAUGUUUAAGUCAAGUUUUCUCAUAAACUAUCAAAGCUAUUGCUUUAAAACUUGCAACAGUUUUUCACCAUCAUAAGUGGACACUGUACAUCAAGAAACAUAACUCUAUCCUGCUUUUUGCAAGAAUGAUGGCCCUUUUUAGACUUAGAAAAUCAUGGGUAGGACAAUAUUUCUAUUACACAAAAAAAAUCAGAUGAGCGUCAGCACCCGCAAGGCGGUGCUCUUGUUUGUUUUUCAUUUGAGAUUACUUAUAGGUCUUACAUUUACCCCUUGAUUCACACAUUUCAUGAAUUGCUUCCUUAUUGGCACUAGAAAUAUGAUAUAAAUCCUUCUAAAGGUCUCUGGGAAAUAGAAGAAGCCAGAAAAAAAACUCUAAAAAAAUUAUUUUCUCUUUGAGGUAUUUACUGUUUAAUAGGCUUACUAAGGUAUAUUCUGGAAGUUUUUUAGCAAUCUUGUAAUAGAAAAUACCUCAGUAUUAUUCAACAAUGCUAAAUGAUAUUUAUAAGAAUGAUGCAGAAUUUAGGGAAAAGGUAACAUGGAUGGCAUCAAGCAAUUCGCUGAAAAAAAAAUUGUUGCUCAGGUUCUGUGAAUUCAGAUGUUCUAUCUGAUUGUAUUGGAUUUUAAAUGCAAGAUUUUUCAACAUUUGUAGGAUGUUUCAGUCAGCCAUGUUUGUAUGAAACAUACUAAGCUAGCAUAUCUGUAUUGUGGGUGUUUCAUUGUUGAAACAGAAAAUUGAAUUACCUGUUUGUUGAUUUUUAAUCUCUGUUUCAUCAAAACUUAUAUCCAUGAAUAUGCCAGUUUUUGUGUGUGUGUUUGUAUACCGGUAUAGCUUUUUUGAAAGCAAUGCACUCAAGUUACCAAACACUGAUACUUUGCCUUCAAAAAGUUAGAGUUUAAUUUGAUUUGAGGCUUGCUGAUACUGCAAUUCAAAUCUGAAAAACUAGAAUAAGGGACUUUAUUAAGGGUGUUUUUAUGGGGCCGGAUGUGUUUGGGUAGUAGAGGGUAGGGGAGCAGCAUGUAUUUAAAGAGGACUGAGUGAAUGAAAUGGAGAUUCUCUUGUUAUCUGUUUGCAUACUUUUGUAUGAAGCCAGAUUACUUGCAUCUUACUUGUCAUCACACAGUUUAUGUUAUACUUUAAGAAUGGAAGGAUGUCAGAAUUUAGUUUUGAAGUUUAUAAGUUGUCUGCAAUAUUUUGUGUAUGUAAUUUUACUAGUUGGCUCCUUCUGUUGUUUUGUUUAUUUGUAAUGUAUAUUGUUUUGUGACAUUUUAUUUCCACUUUUAUUUUAUUUUACCAGUAACUUAGAUAUUACAAAGUAUUGUAAUAAAACAUCUUUCUGAGAGAUUUGGCUGACAGAUUUCCAUUUUAAGGUGUAGGUAAAACACCAAAAUAACAUCGUCAUGCAUAAAGUAAUCAUAUAAAUAAGUAGUUUCUACCAGUAGGUCCUAUUUCUUAAGAUUAUGUCAUUCUAUUAUAUAAUGUUUUAAAGGUCCAUUACUAAGGGAAAGUGAGUUGGCAAUUUUUUUCAUAGCCAGUGCAUAGACUUCUGCAAGACACUAAAUAAUGAAGAUUGGCAGGUCAAAAUUUACAGAAGGUCUUUGGAACUCAAAGAAAUGUAUGUGUAUUAUGUUGAAAUUUCAAUGAAUCGACAGAAUGACCCCCCAGGUCUUUUUAACGUUCUUCAUACUUCAUAGAAAAAUAAUUGUACAUAUACUGCAAUUUAUUUCGAAUUUCUACAUACGGUACCAACUUUCAUUUUCCAAUAAAAUGAAAUAGUUUCUGUGCUUUUUAAAAGAAAUUAAAAUGUCCACUUUCCUUAGUAUUGGACCUUUAAGUUUAAAGCAUAAAAUAAUCUUGCUUUUCUAUUUUAAUACUUUAUAGUUCAGAGAUUUGAUACAUGUUUAGUCACAUUAUUUUUUACAUUUUUUUAUGGUCAUUCUUAUUGAAUAUUACUGUAAUGAACUUUGGAAGCUGAUAACAUUGAUAAAAUGGCAUUAUGUUUUUACUUUAUAUAAUAUUUUGUUUAAAGAUCUCAAGUUUAAUUUUGUACUUUCAUAUUAUUUACAACUUCGGAUAUUAAAAUUUCCCUUUAUGCACUUAUUUUAACAAUUUAAUCAGUGUUGUUAAACUUUAAGGGAUAUAAGUUUUAUGUUCUCAAAUUUUACUGGAAACAAAAUCUUUAUUACAGUUUGAACCUUACUAGAGAUAUGUAAAACCUGCUGCUUGUAGGAUAUUUGAAAGAAGUUGGGUGUUGAAAAACAAAAAUAAAAUAAAUCAAUAAUCAGUCAAUUUAUUAUUUUUUGGCCUUUAUUUGGUGUAAGUUUUGUCUAUACUGGACUUGUAACGCAUUCAUCCUAGUGAGUAAUGGUACGUAAAUAUUAUAGUUUAGUGUUUCUAAAUGUUUUAUGUUUUUUGUUAUGCAGAUUGUAGAUUGUCAUAUUGCACUUCUCUGGCAUUCUUAACAGGUUUCAGUGGCCUGAAACUGUUUUUAGCUUAACUUUCCGAUGAAAAAGUAGAGCUAUUUUACUCGCUUCGGCAUUGGUGUAAGUUUUUUAUAGUCAAAUAUCUCUGUUACUAUCAAAGCUAUUCUCUUGGAACUUCAAACAUUUAUUUACUGUCAAAGAUUACACUAGGAGAAACAGUCCUCAUAACUGAUUUGAAUUUUGACAUGAGUUAUGCCCCCUUUUAACGUAGAAUUUUUUGGUUAAAGUUUUAUAAAGUUUUUACUGGCAAAGCUCUUAUUCAGAGUCAAGCAGUGAGAAAAGUUGAGGGUGCUGUCUUACAGACAACUCUUGUACAUAAAACAUGAUUGUAUUUUAAUAUAUACUUAUUUUAUGUUUUACCUUUUGUUCUUACACUUAUGUUGCCAUUUGUGUUCAUUUACUCAUAUUUUUGUUGUUAAUAUAUUUGCCUCUAUGAAUAUGAAAUUGUAGAUGAAACUGCGCAAGUUAUUAUAGUGUUUUUUUCACAUACUCUAACCAAGUACAGUUUAACUCUUAAACUACUGUCAAAUGUUAGUGAAAUAAAUAUAUACAGAGGCUA